UCUGGUGUGCUGGGAUUUCUUCACCUCUAUCGGACAUACCUCAUCCCUGGCGCCGACCUAACUACCACCAUGACUAGCUCACUGGGCCCCAGUCUGAGAGUCCAGGGCCCCACCAAUGUUAUACUAACACCAUUAGCCAUGACGGUUCUGCCCCCGGCCUAGUAUCCAGCAGUAUCGGGGUGUGGCCCUGCUCCUAACUGACACUCUCUUACACCAAUCACGAGAUACCGGAUGGGCGGGACUUCCCCUGGCGCGUAGCAAAACAAAAAGCUUAUCCAUCCAGCCAAUGGUAGCGGGCGCUUUCUAGACUGGCAGCAGGGCCCACCAUUCGGAACUGUAGCUCGGUUAUAAGGGCUGUCUCUACGACCGGGCGCUCAAUCUCUCUUUAAGAUGGCGGCGGUGUCCUCAGCAGCGGCACUGCGUGGGGCUGACUACGAGAACGGGCUCCGUGGCGCUGCGGGGUCAGCCGGUGGCAGCCAAGAUGCCGGCGAUGACGAGUCCAUAGGUCGCGGAGGGCUGGAUCUCGACUUGGAGUUGUUGGGCCCAGGCCGGAGAAGUCGACGGAUAGGGGGCAGAAUCCCGACGGGGAGGAGAUCCGGCGGACGAGGGAGCACAGAGAGCGGGGGUGCCGGCGCCCUGGAGGAGCUUGAGGAAAUGGAGCUGGAAGAGGAAGAGCCGGGAGAGCUCGGGGGGGACCCUGCCAUUGAGGACCCGGAGCUGGAGGCCAUCAAAGCCCGUGUUAGAGAAAUGGAGGAGGAGGCAGUCAAGUUAAAGGAGCUGCAGAAUGAGGUGGAGAAACAAAUGAACAUGAGCCCGCCGCCCGGAAAUGCUGGUCCUGUAAUUAUGUCCAUAGAAGAGAAGAUGGAAGCUGAUGCUCGGUCAAUAUAUGUAGGGAAUGUUGAUUAUGGGGCAACAGCUGAAGAACUAGAAGCACACUUCCAUGGCUGUGGCUCUGUGAACAGGGUGACCAUUCUUUGUGACAAAUUCACUGGUCACCCUAAAGGGUUUGCCUACAUUGAAUUUUCAGAUAAAGAAUCAGUCCGAACAUCCAUGGCAUUAGAUGAGUCCUUGUUCAGAGGGCGACAGAUAAAAGUGGUUCCCAAACGGACUAACAGACCUGGCAUAAGUACAACAGACAGAGGCUAUCCACGGGCAAGAUACCGAGCUAGAGCAUCUUCUUAUAGUUCCCGUUCCAGAUUCUACAGCGGCUACACAGCAAGGCCCAGAGGACGCGUGUACAGGGGACGGGCUCGAGUGACGUCAUGGUAUUCUCCUUACUAAAAAUAUAUCUUUAGGAAGACCUGAAAGGCAAAAACACAAAAAAAUGAAAAAAAGAAGACUGGAAUGCAGUUUAAGAGAAUAACAUGAGGUCCCCUUUGGGCCAUCCUUUUUCUCAUUUGCUCCCUUGCCCCAUGUACAGGCUUCACUGUCUAAGAUGAGUUUGGUAGGCCAGGUUCCUGAAGCUUAAUGUAUCUUGGGGAAUAUAGGGGAUUAGUCCUUAUUCUCAGUGUGUUAAGUGUGUGACUUGUCCCUGGGUUACACAGAGGCUUGAUUGUUCCAUGUUUGGGGAGGUAAUGGGUUAUACCAAAUGUACACAUUGAAUGGUUCCCAGUGUAUGGUUAGAUAUGGGGAGGGAGGGUGAUGUCUGCUAAACAUCCUGCUGUUUUCUUUUCUUUUUUUUGCGUGUUUUUAUCUUUGCAGGUUUCUUUCUAUGGGAGAAGCUUGUUUCCCGGAGAGACUCAGCUGCCCCCUCACAACAGCCUUUUCUUUAGUUUUAUUCUAGCUCAGAUUCCUGCAGACUGUUGAAGAAACAAGCUGGGCAUCUUUUGUGUUUUAGAAUGAUUUUUUAUUUUAAUUUUUUGUUUUUCUUUUGUUGUUUUUUUGUCUUUUUUAAGAUUUUUUUUUUUUAUAUAUUUAGUGGCAGGCAGGGAAAAGGAGAAAAAUAAAAAAAGAUGGAAAAAUGGAUAUUGUGUUG